AUGGCCAUGGGCAAUCAUUCUACUGCAGCUGUUUUUGUGUUGGUGGGAUUAACUCAGAAGCAAGAACUCCUUCUCCCACUCUUCCUUCUGUUUCUGGGAAUCUAUGUGGUGACUGUAGUGGGGAACCUGGGCUUGAUCCUGCUCAUCACAGUCAGUCCACUGUUGCACACACCCAUGUAUUAUUUCCUCAGCAGCUUAUCUUUUGUUGACCUCUGUUAUUCCACUGUUAUUACACCUAAAAUGCUGGUGAACUUUCUUGGGAAGAUAAAUUUAAUCUCUUAUUCUGAGUGUGUGACUCAGUUCUUUUUCUUUGUGAUCUUUGUGGUGGCUGAGGGUUACCUCCUGACUGCCAUGGCAUAUGAUCGCUAUGUGGCCAUCUGCAAACCAUUACUGUAUAAUGUGAUCAUGUCUUCUAGGCUCUGUUCACUGUUAGUGCUAGUUGCCUUUAUCCUAGGGCUUUUUUGUGCAAUUGUGCACACAAGUGCUAUGAUAAAACUGAACUUUUGUAAAUCCCACAUCAUAACCCAUUAUUUCUGUGAUAUUCUCCCCCUUCUCAACCUCUCCUGCUCUAAUACCCAUCUCAAUGAGCUUCUUAUAUUUGUCAUUGGAGGGAUCAACACCUUGGUUCCCACAGUAGCUGUUGCAAUCUCCUAUAUCUUCAUCUUUUGUAGCAUCCUUCGCAUCAAGUCAUCAGAGGGACGGUCCAAAGCCUUUGGAACCUGCAGUUCUCAUAUCAUGGCUGUGGGAAUAUUUUUUGGGUCUAUCGUCUUUAUGUACUUGAAGCCUUCUUCAAGUACCUCUCUAGAACAAGAAAAAGUGUCUUCUGUGUUCUAUACCACAGUGAUCCCCAUGCUGAACCCAUUAAUAUAUAGUUUGAGGAACAAAGAUGUGAAGAAAGCAUUGGGGAAAUUCUUGGUUAGGAGAUAA